CAGGGACUGUUCCCUUCGUUGUCGACUCAGUCAUUGUCAGUCGUUGUGUAUACAGUGAGUACAGCACUAUAGAAAAGAAAUGGAAAAAGAAUUGUGGGAAGCGGUGAGGAGAGGUGACAUCGAGUCGGUAACGCGUCUUUUGGAUAGCAAAGUUGAUAUCAAUAGACGUUAUCCUGUGAACACUCUUCUGAUACAAGCGUGUAGGAAUAAUCAGAAGGAAAUGGUUAACUUUCUACUCACUAAAUCAGCAGAUGUUAAUGGGACUGGCAGUUUUGGAGAGACACCUUUGAUAAGAGCAGCAAGUAAUGGGUCGUACGACAUCAUUGAUAUUUUAUUGAAGACCAAAGAUAUUAAUGUGAUGAAGGGAGAUAUUCGGGGAUGGACAGCCAUUCAUCGUGCUGCAAUGAAAAAUCACGUGACCAUUGUAGAGAGACUUUUGUCUUGUUCUGUUCCUGUUGAUAUCAAUGAUAAUUGUGGUCGUACACCACUGUGGUAUGCUGCCUUUGAUGGUCAUGUGUGUUGUGUUGAUGUUCUCCUAAAACAUGGAGCGAGUCCCCAACAUGAGAGUAAGAGUUGGGGAUCACCACUGGAGAUUGCCAAGCGACGUGGUCUCAGUGAUGUGGUUGAGAUGAUGGAAGAAGCCAUAAGAUUAAAGACACCAAAGAGAAAGGAGCUCGUAGCUACAGUGACGUUACUGAAAAGACAGUUGGCAGAGAAAGACGUGCAAUUACAAUCACAGAGCAAAGAGAUUACAUCUUUGCAAGCACGAUUGGCAAAAAUCAGAGACGUAGCUAAUGUUGAGAGUGAUGAGGUUGUGGAAGUGACAGCAGCCAGAGUUCAAUCUACUGCUAGCUCGUUUGCUCAGUCAACAGAGGAUGAUCAUAGACGUGAUUCGUAUUCUCGUCGAGUUCUGCAGGCAAUUCAAGGAGUUGGCUCUACCAGAUGGUAUCCACUCGGUCGUGAUUGUGGAGAAACACGAGAUCAGCUGCGAGAAUUCACUGUUCUGGUCAACGAUUGUGAUAAAGUUCAAGCUUUGUUUGAUGUGAUGGCACAGAAAGUAGGAGAGAAUCGAGCAGCAGACAAACUGCUGGAUGCGUGCAAAAUGAUAAAAAAUCCAAUAUUUGCUGAAGUCAAAGAAGCGAUGGACAAAACGUAAUUUGGGAAGAUGAAGAAACAAUGGAAUGUGUUUUUGUAUCGCGUAUUAAUAGUGUUGUUGUAGUUAAAUGUCCUCAAUUGUGAUUUGUUGUCAUUUUUAAUCCGAACGUAGCAGUCUAGUGAUUGUGUAGAAAAGUGAAGACAUCAAAUGCGUUUGUAUGCUUCUGGUCAAUACUUACAUAUCAAUACAUUAGGUGUGUGUGUGUUGAAAUAUUAGACA